AUGCUCAAAUUUCAACCUACCCACACACGAUUACUCUUUCAAUUCACAUCAAGGCUCUUACAAUUCGUCAAACAUGAUUAUACAUACCCAUCAGGCACCACAACCUCAACCACAGAAAGAUCAUCCAAUGGUGCCAAAUAUUGGACCAAAUAUGUAGAGCCGAUCGAACCCGAGGCAUUGACUCAAAUUGAAAGUGUUCAACGUGUACUUUCCGAAUAUUCCAAAACAUGGUCUCAUCAUUCUCCAUUACCAAUUGCAGUCAUGCCAGAUGUCCAUUUAGGAAAAGGAGCUACGGUUGGAACUGUAAUUCCCAUGAAGAAGGCAAUUAUUCCUGCUGCUGUUGGAGUGGAUAUUGGAUGUGGUAUGUGUGCCGUGAAAACUUCUCUUGCUGCAAGUGAUUUAAAAUCAUUGAAGGUGAUCAGAGAAAGCAUUGAAAAGGUCAUUCCAUUGGGAAUGACAUCGUAUGAAUUAUCUGGAAACGUUGGAUCUCAGAAAAAAGAUUCAGAAUGUAAAAUUGAAUUGCCGCAAGAAAGUAUAGACAUUUGGAACGCAUAUUUAAAGAGUGGAUACUCAAAGAUAAUUUCAUCUCGCCACAUUAAAAAGGAAUAUUUACAAGAAAUUGAGAAAAUGAAUAAUGUGACACAAUUAGGUACUUUAGGAAGUGGAAACCAUUUCAUAGAGAUUUGUUUAGACGAGACAAAUACAGUUUGGAUCAUGUUACAUUCUGGGUCAAGAGGUGUUGGAAAUGCCAUUGGACGUGUAUUUAUUGAUAUUGCUCGAGAAGAUAUGAUGAAAAGCCAUGGUUCUCAAAUGCAUAAUGUCGACAAGAAUUUGGCCUAUUUGAGAGAAGGAACUCGUUAUUUUGACGAAUAUUGGUUUGCACUAAAUUGGGCCAGUGAAUUUGCAAAACGAAAUCGGCAAGUCAUGAUGAAUCGAGUCAUUGAUAGUUUAAGGAAAUGUGGCCAAGUUUCAGAUCCCAAUUUUAAGGCCGAUCUUAUGGCCAUCAAUUGUCACCAUAAUUAUGCUCAACUAGAAACUCACUUUGGAGAAGAAGUUUAUGUUACUCGAAAAGGAGCUGUUUCAGCUAGAAAGGGUGAAUAUGGUAUCAUUCCAGGAAGUAUGGGAGCGAAAUCUUAUAUAGUCAUUGGGAAAGGAAAUGAACAUAGUUAUCAUUCUUGUUCACACGGCGCUGGAAGAACAGUAGCACGAAGGGACGCCAGAAAAAGGUUUACCGUUCAAGACAUGGAGAAGGAAACUCUAGGUGUGGAAUGUCGAAAAGAUUCUGGAGUACUGGAUGAGAUUCCUUCUGCGUAUAAAGACAUUGACGCUGUUAUGGACAGUCAAAAGGAUUUGGUAGAUGUUGUGCAUGUAUUGAAACAAAUUGUUUGUGUAAAGGGAUAA